UAUUUUUAAUUACCUCUAGUAGUGACGUUGCUUUUUUUAUUUGGGAAAAAAUAAAUCAGUGUAAGAAAAAGAAAAAAAAGAGUUAAUAAAAGUUCGUUGGGCAGGAGUCAAAUUCUGUGAAACAGGGAAGAUAGAGAGACGGCGGAGAUGGGCGGAGGAGGGUUGUGGACGGUGGUGGAGCUGUUGGGCGGCGUCGCCCUACUUCUCUUCAUUGCCAUUGCUUCUAUCAUCUUAUUCGAAGUUUACAAUCGCCGAUUUAACAACGCUCAUGUUGAAGGUGAAGCGAUUUUCGAAGAUCCAAAUUCACUUAAAAAGGUUCCAUGCCCUUCUAUAUUUGAUCCCGCAGAGAAGUAUAUGUCUUUGAUCAUUCCCGCAUUUAACGAGGAGCAUAGACUUCCAAGUGCACUUGAUGAAACUAUUAACUAUUUACAACAACGUGGAGAGAAGGAUAAAUCAUUUACUUAUGAGGUGGUCAUUGUGGAUGAUGGAAGUGUUGAUGGAACAAAAAAGGUAGCUUUUGACUUCGUCAAAAAGUACAAGGUGGAAAAUGUCAGGGUUCUUCUUCUGGGAAGAAAUUAUGGGAAGGGAGAAGCUAUUAGAAAAGGAAUGCUUCAUUCACGUGGUGAAUUACUUCUCAUGCUGGAUGCGGAUGGAGCAACCAAGGUCUAUGACUUGGAGAAACUUGAAGCUCAGAUUCGUACAGUUGCUGGAAAGGAGAUAAACGUGGAUGGUGGUGGUGAUUCGAGUUUUGGUAUACAUGAUGUUCCUGUCGUUGCAUUUGGUUCUCGCGCUCAUCUCGAGGAUAAGGCUCUUGCUACGAGAAAAUGGUACCGUAACUUUUUGAUGAAAGGAUUCCAUCUUGUUGUUCUCUUGGCUGCUGGUCCUGGUAUUCGUGAUACCCAGUGUGGUUUCAAGAUGUUCACUAGGGCUGCUGCACAGAAGCUUUUCAGAAAUGUUCGAUUAAAAAGAUGGUGUUUUGACGUAGAGCUAGUUUAUUUAUGCAAAUGGUUUAGGAUUCCGAUGGUUGAGAUAUCUGUGACUUGGUCUGAGAUUCCAGGAUCAAAAGUGAAUAUGCUGAGCAUACCCAACAUGCUUUGGGAGCUCGCCCUCAUGUCUGUAGGUUAUAGAACGGGUAUGUGGAGAAUUGCAGUCUAACUUUCUAAGAGAAUUUGAUGUACGGUGUGCUUGGAAGAAACCUUCCUGUGUAUGGGAAGACAUACAGAAAAAGGCUCUUGGAUUUACGCAGCACGAGUAGCUUAGAGUGCUUGUUUUCAUCAAUCAGCUUUAUUUAUUGCAAGCAAAGGGCUAUAGGAACGAGGGCAGAAGUUUGGUUGCCUUUCUUUUAUAGUAUAAGAACUGUAUAUCAUAUUCAUUUUGGAGGGAUCUGUACGAUUGUACUUAACAAUAGCAAUCUAACUUGUGGGAGAGGUGGCUAUAGUGGAUACGAGUUAUACGCCAAGUUAAAAACUUGAUUUUAUUGCCUUUUAGAUCUAAGUUUGUGAGAACACUAGAAGCAUUUGUAUUUUUUAACAUCUGUUCAUCAAUGAAUUUGUUUCCUGUUUA